AUGGAUUUAGAUAGUAAAGCCUAUUCUAAGCUAAUUGAUGCAUGGAAUACUCAUGGAGGCUCUGAAGAUUAUAGAAGAAUACUUGAAAGAUUAGGCCCUUUAACAAAAAGACAUGAUCACGAAACACCAGAAAUGUGGUGCUCUUGUAUCCGUGAUCCAUUUAGGAAAAUACUUGAAGAGAACUAUUCUUCGGGGAAUAGAAUCCUUUCUAAGAAUGGAUAUAUUGAAAUUGUAUGUGACUCCUUAGUCUUCAUACCUUAUACUUCUUUAAAUGUUCGUAUCUAUCAAGAUAACCACUUGAAGAGAUGCAUUUCUGGAAAUAGUAUUUUGAAUGAACAUUCAAGAAGAAAAGAAAUUCUCAAAUCUAUUGAUAGGAGGGAAUUUCAGAUCUGGCAAUAUAAGCAAUACAUAUUACAGGAAGAGGCAAAUAUUAAACAUUUCCAACUGGAGCUUUUAUCCCAAUCUACUCUACACUUGGAAAAGGAUAAGCUGGCAUCAGUAUUAUAUGAUCAUGAUGCGAAUUUUACAGCUAGCUAUGAAAAUUAUGCACAAUCUAAAGCAAAAGAUACUAUGCCAAGUGCUCCAAAUUUUGAGCCAGCUUAUAUUCCACCUGCCAGGCAAGAAAUGGUUUCGCCAAUUUCACAUCAAUCAAAAGCGGUGAGGAAUGAUGGUACUCCUGAUGAGAAAAAAUUUUUGGGUAUAAAUAACGAAUGGGGUUAUUCUAAUCCUUCAGGACAAAUAUAUGAUGAAGAUGGUUAUUGUUGUCCAGCAAAAAAUGACUGGAUAAUUGAGAAGAGAUACCAAUUAUGGAUACGAUUAGCUAAUGUAACACACAUACUUGUUUAUAAAAUAUUAUAUCAGCAAGGUUAUAUAGUUGUUAGAGGUGCACAUUAG